CUCAGUCAGGCAUCAACAUUGUUGAAAUUAACAACGAGAUCAAAAUAUGUGAAACAAGUGAAAUAACCUAAUUCUUUUGUUAAAUAUGAUAAGUCAACGCGAAGCAGACGAAAUCGCAUUUUCUAAUGACCUUACAGGAGAUAUAAAAGAUAAAAAAUUGGCAAAAGCAAGUAAAAGUCUCAGACAGACAUUGAUUAAAGAGAAUAAAGAAUCAGAUGAAGCCAGAGUUUCUGCAGCAAUAGAAAUCCAGAGAGCAUACAGAGGAUACUCAACAAGAUGUAAUGUUUACGGCACUUUGAAUCCCAAAGUCAGCAAGACAGCAGUUUACAGUAAAAGUCAGGAUGAUGAGGCGAGGAUCCGACAGGUGGCAGAUGAACAGGUUGUGGAGUUUAAUCCACCAUCUGAGCAAGAUGAAAUUAGAAUUAUUUAUGAGGAAUAUCUCAUCACCUAUGAUAACCCAGAUCAAGACCCUUUGACCUAUGAUGAGUUUGCUGAGCGGUAUAUGGAAGCCCUGAGGGAAAGCCAACAGUCACUGGAGACCCCAGCUCCAGUUCAGCCUCCACCCCCAACUGCUGCCCAACCCACCCCCAUAGUGCCAAAAACCAGAUCUCGACUUACAGAAAGACAAGCAGCAGGGAUUAUACAGAGAGCCUGGAGGCGACAUAUAGAUAUACAAGUGUAUAGGUAUUACAGAGAUUUAAUUAAUUUCAAAACCCGAGGAAACCCUGCUUUGAUGCUGAGGUGCAUUAAUCCUAAUGAAGCCAAACUCCUGGAUGCAGCCUCAGGGGUCCAUGUUAAGUUCAGACUGGCAGGAGAUAGAUUUCCUCCCAACAUAUACUACAAGAUCUUCACUCAUAGGCCAGUCCAAGAUAUGUGUGCGAACAGUCCUAAGGAUUACACACAGCCCACUGUUAAACUAGCAAUGGCAAAAGAUAAACACAGUAAUGUCAGAACACAAGGAUUUCAGGAUGAUAAGACUAACUGGUAUAAAAGGAUAGAGAAUAAUGGCUGGAGGCUGGUGUCAGAUCGUCUUGUUCAACACCUGACAGACCCUAUAACCUGGGAAACCAGCAACAAGAAAUACCAGUACUCACAUGAUAAGCUUCAACGAAAACAAGAUGUUGAAAAAAGAAAAAAGAAGAGAAAGAUCGAAUGGAUGCAGAAAAUGUAUCAGGAGGGGAUGCUGAAGGCCAAGUCUGAUGACCCGGAGACUGUGAACCUGAUUGAGGGAGCAGCAGCGGGCAUGGUGGCUACAGUGCAGAAGAUGGGUCCCGAUGCCCUGGAGGAUUGGGAAGUGGAUGAACUCCUGGACUGGACAACCAGUCUUAACUUUGAUGAAUAUCUGAAUAGUUGGAAGGAGACAGCCACAAGUGCAUAUUCAGAGAAACAAGUUGUCAUGAAACAAUCUAAAGAUGAUCGUGUAAGGCUGAUGACUGGUACACUAGAUCCCUAUGAAUUCUCCAUCUCGACUGGCCCCUCUCGCUAUCAAUCUACCCAGCAUUCCAGGAAUACACCAGCAUCCAGUGUGUCAGGGCAACUCCAGGUCAAUGGGUGAAGGUCAUCUUAAAGUGAAAGUUAAUCAGAGGUCACGUCAAAUUUUGAUGUCAAAAAAAAAUUGACAGUGUAUACAUGUACUUACAGAAAAUUUAUUUUCAGUAAGAUUCAAAUUUCACUGCAGAUUUUAUACUGGAGAUAUUCUAUUCUCUGAAAAAUUUCUUUCAAUUUGUUACAAAUGAACGGCAUUUAAUUUCUAUAAUUUUACAAUUUUGUGCCUGUUAAUUUUAUUUGUUCAUUUGCUUUUUGCAUAAGAUCAUGUGUGAAAUCAGUGUUUAUCUGUGAUAUUGAAAGUGAAUGAAAACACAGUUACUUGGUUUUGAUCAGAAAGAUGCCUUAUAUAUAAUGUAUGCCUUAUAUAGUUUGAAAAUUGUUUUUGUUUUAUUAAAUAUUUAACAUU